AAUAUAAAGACGAUGGCAACGCCGCUAACUCCACAUCUCCAGGAGCAUCUGAAAGCUUCACAGACGCAGACAUGCUUUUCUCUGUACUUCUUGUGCUGGGCAUCGGCCUGAUUCCCGCCCAUUCCAAACCUGCAGCGGAAUAUCUCGGCAGCCCUCUCCUUCAACAGUGUUUUGAGGACGCAAAGAAAAUCGUCGAUGCCGCGUACAAGUACUCCAGAGAAGAGAGUCUGAGACGAGUCCGCAGGGAGAUAGUGCGUCCUCACGAUGCUCUUCGUCUCCUCAAGCAACCCCGUGGUGACACGCGCACAGCUGUGAGAUCCGCAGAUUACAUGGCACAAACCCUCCGUCUGCUGCAUGAGAGGGUGAAUCACGUACACAAGCGCUCACUCAAUGCAACAGAUUUGCUCACCACGGAGGACCUGAAAAGACUUGGUGAAAUAACUGGAUGUUCACCUCGAGUCAGCCUUCCAUCAUGCCGCACCACGCCAAACCUUAACAAGUAUCGCACGGCCAGCAGCGUCUGCAACAACUUAAUUGAAACUCGCCGCGGUUCCUCAAACACCCCCUUCAACCGCUGGCUACCUGCCGAAUAUGAAGACGGCGUCUCUGUACCAAAAGGCUGGACCAGAGACCGAAGAAUCAACAACUUCUUGCUCCCACUGGUGCGACAGGUGUCCAACAACAUCCUACGCACAACAGACGCAGGCGUGGUCAACGACACAGAGUACAGUCACAUGGUGACCAUCUUUGGUCAGUGGACCGACCACGAUCUGACCUUCACGCCCUUCUCCCCCAGCAUCCGCUCCUUCAGCAACGGGCUCAACUGUGAUGAGAGCUGUGAGAAAUCUGAGCCAUGCAUCCCCAUCGCGAUUCCUCCCGGCGACCCCCGCUUGCCCACUGGCCCAGAGAGCUGCAUCCCUGCAUUCAGAUCCGCCCCUGUUUGCGGGACGGGAAACUCUGCCUACAAUUUUGGUGGAGAACCCAACAAGAGAGAGCAGAUCAACACCCUGACAGCCUUCCUGGAUGUCGGCCAAGUGUACGGCUCUGAUGAGAAGAUCGCCCUGUCUCUUCGCGACCUCGAAAGUGACGGCGGCCUGCUGCGCGUGAAUGCAAAGUUCAGAGACAACAGGCGCGAUCUGCUGCCCUUCGUGAAACUCGAGGCGAACAUGUGUGCCACUCGCAAACGUGUCACCAACAACACAAACGCCGAAGAGGUGCCCUGUUUCCUUGCAGGUGAUGUCCGCGUGGACGAGAACAUCGCUCUGACGUCCAUUCACACACUGUUUAUGCGCGAGCAUAACCGCCUGGCCCGUGCACUGAAGACACUAAACCCACAGUGGGACAGUGAGACACUCUACCAAGAGGCCCGCAAGAUCAUGGGUGCUUACUCACAGGUGUUUGUGUUCAGGGACUAUCUGCCUCACAUUGUGGGUGUCGACGCAAUGCGUAGACAGCUCGGCCGUUAUCCCGGCUACAAUCCUAACGUGGACCCCACCAUCUCCAACGUCUUUGCAACAGCCGCUUACCGCUUCGCCCACUUGGCCAUCCAGCCAUUCUUAGGCCGCCUGGAUCAAAGUUACAGGGAGAACCCUCAGUUCCCCAGUGUCCCCUUGUUCAAGGCCUUCUUCACGCCCUGGAGGGUCGUCUUUGAGGGUGGCAUUGACCCUCUGCUCCGUGGUUUGAUCGGCCGUCCCGCUAAACUAAACACUCAGGAUCACAUGCUGGUGGACGCUCUGAGGGAGAGGUUGUUCCAGUUUGUGAUGCAUCUGGCUUUGGACUUGGGCUCUCUGAACAUGGAGAGGGGCCGUGACCACGGCUUGCCUGGCUACAACACCUGGCGCAGGUUCUGUGGCCUGUCUCAGCCCAGGAAUCAGGCGGAGCUCGCUCGGGUCUUGAACAACAGCGACCUGGCUUCCAGGCUGCUGCAGCUCUACGGUACAGCCGACAACAUUGACAUCUGGAUGGGAGGCGUGGCAGAGCCGUUCGUCCGUGGGGGCCGCGUGGGGCCUCUGUUCGCCUGCCUCAUCGCGUCACAGUUCCAGAAGAUCCGCCAGGGUGACAGACUGUGGUACGAGAACAGGGGCGUCUUCACCGCGGCGCAGAGAACUGCUCUGUCCAGGACCUCCUUAUCCAGGAUCAUCUGUGACAACACCGGUAUCACGUCUGUCCCCACUGACGCCUUCAGCGUCCUCACUAACAGGAACCGGCUCGUCCGCUGCUCCAACCUCCAACGCCUGAACCUCUCAGCCUGGAGGGAGAGAACAUGCACAGGCCCGGGUGAUAGCUGUAAUGAAGUCAGUGGAAAAGAGACUGUAAACCAGACCAAUCAGACGGACCAGCAGGACACCGAGGGCCCCGAGGGCCUCGAGGGCCUCGAGGACAAUGAGGUCUGAUAGGAACCCCAGGCCCUCCUGGACAGCUAAUACACCACUCUAAUGCUACGCAGCCACUAUAUGCCUUCUACAACCCAUCCUCAGAGAAAAUCAUUCAGUUCCGUCAAGUCAUCUACAACAAACAGCAGCUUUACAGCAUCCAGACAGGCCUGUUUACAUGCGCCGUCCCCGGUGUCUAUCAGUUCAGCUUCCUCAUCAUAUCCAUUGUCAGCGUGGGAGAUGUGGACCUGAAGUGCAAUGACAAGCUAGUGCUGCGCGGUUUCAAGGUUUAUCAGGGAGGUAACCACUUGUCAUCAGGUGACACGGUGCUCAAGCUGGAGGCGGGAGACAAAGUCUGGGUGGAGGCCAGCAACGGGACCACCGGCCUGAGCACCAAAAGCUACUUCUCGGGACACGUGCUCUUUUCUGGGUGACACAAGCGCUCUCCAGACCGAACCACUACCCUUUAAUGGUUCUGCUUUAGGGUCUGAUUGCAUUUCUCAGCCUCCCUGCUCUGAUCUUCAAUUUCCAUUAAUCAUAUCAAAUAUCUAUUAUUAGUAAUUCCCUUGGUUUGGGGGCACAUGCAACUGUACGUGUUUUAUAUUUGUCUGAAAAAUGAACAAAUAUUCGAUGGUUUUAACAAGCUGCGUAAUGAACAUGGAAUUUGUGUCAGAAAUUCUGUUUAACUCUGUUACAGCAUUCAAUCUAUUGCACCAAAAUGUAGCCAGUAUUGGCACCGAUGAAAGUUGGAACUGAUGAAAUUUAAGCAUGCAGUGAAAUAUGUACUGUGCUUCUCUGUGUGGCUUUUUUUACUUUUAAAUGUAUCUGUUGUAUUUUCAGUUCUAUGAAUAAAACGAAAGAAACUGAGCCGCAUCAAA